UUAAAUUAUCAAAACAUUUUUAAUAAAAAAAUUCACAGAUUAGAACUAGUUUUCUCAUAAAUAAGAGACCUUUUAUAAUAUAAAAAUAUAUAAACUUAAAUGAGCUAUUCUAGUGACGAAGAUGAUUACUUAAAUGAUUGGGAUGAUUCUGAUGACUAUAGUUAUGAUAACUAUUACUAUAGUUCAGUAACUUGCUUUAAAUGUUAUAAAAAAGGGCAUUACGCAAGUGAUUGUUAUUAAAAUAAUAGUAAUAAUAGAAUCAGAUGUUAUAAUUGUAAUUAAUUAGGGCAUAUAAGACCUAAAUGUCCUUUACUAAGAUAAUCGUAAUCAAUAGCUAGCAAUUUCAUAAGACCUACUUAAAUUUCAUAACCUCAAUAAUGUUAAAGCUCUACUAGCAAUACUUCUACUUCUAUUUAAAACUAAAUAAUAUUUAAAGAUGCAUCUUUGUAAUAAAUCUUCAACUCUUUAUCAGACUAAGAAAAAUAAGAGAGAUUAGAAGUUAUGAAAUAAUUAGAUGAAGUAUUUAGCAAUACUUAAAAAGAUUGUAAAGCAGAAAUUUAAAAAGAAUCACUUCAAACAAAUGACAACAAAGAUUUUAAAAAUAUUACAAAUGAAGAAAAUUAAAAAAACACUAAAGUAGAAGCUAAUGAAUAAAAUGAAAGUGAAUCUAAAAAAACUAAGAAAUUUUAAAAAAAUGAAUAAAAAGCUAAUGAAAAGUUAGAAAAAUUAGCUUAACAAACUUAAGAAAGUUCAGUAGAAAGUUUUUCAGGAUAAAAAAAUAUCAGUGAAAAUGACAAAAAACCAGAUUCAAUUCCAUUUCUCUUUGAUGCUUUAGAUUUCGCAAAAUAAAUCUUGAAUAGUGUUAAGGAUUGA